AUCAACUCUUCCGGAUUCUCCCAAAAUUGAGCGAAAUAAUGAUUGGGCAGCGCGGUGUGAAAAAGAGAGAGGUUGUGCCCGGUAUUUUUUAAGGAUUUUUGCUUGGGUAAUAAGUAUCAUAUUUGCGUGAAAAAUGUCUUUGGUAACAGUCCAGCGUUCUCCUACAAAUUCAAGCAAUAGCUCAACAAUUUCCGUCUCGGAUAAUGAUGAAGAUGAGGUAGACAAACGACAAAAGAAGAUAAGCCUAAGUGAAAGCUUCUUUGCAGUUAAAGGAGCAGCGCUUGUUCUUCCACAUAGCAUUGAAGUUCGGCUCAUCAAGAAGCAUCCAGUAAUUGGAGAAUUGCAGCAUCAUCUUCAGAGUAUGUUUAGUCUUCUACGUUCAAAGGAUUCCAUAAAAUUGGCUGUUCGUCUUGAGAGUUUUCAUGAAGGUCGCAUCCGGUACAUGGUUCUGGUAUCAGCCAGUGGUCGCCAAGAUACCGAGGAGAGUGUUAUAUUGGGUAUUGAUAUAGGGGAGAAUGGUGCCACCAUUGGUCUGGUGCAACCCAUUUUUACAACUACUCAUACUGAUUUGGAUGGUGAUGGAGGAUUUACUGUUAAAAAUCCAAAAAGUACACAUACAUACAAGCCAGUGUCUGUACAAGCUAUGUGGUCAGCAUUCCAAGCUUUGCACAGAGUCAGUCAAAUAGCCAUGUGCUAUAAUUAUAUCCCAGAUGGACUGAGCCAUUCUUGGACAGAUUAUUAUAAAAAUAACAUUAGGUCUAGCCAGUCUUGCAUCAACGAGUGGGAAUACAUAAAAGAUAUUAUUGUGGUCCGUACAGAUAGCCAUAUGAACUAUAGUUUUGUCCAAGAACUCUUUGCAGAUCAUGAUGUAUGUAGGCCAACAGAAAAGGACAUUUUGCAGAGGUUAAUCCGAGUGAAGUUACGAGAAGUAAUGUUGGAAGUUGACCUGGAGGAGACCACAAGUCGCCAGGUCCGGGAAAAACUCGAAGAUCGUAUGGACAAAGAUCUAAAGGAGUACAAAGGAUUUAUUGAUGAGCAAAUGCUGCUUAUUCUGGGACAAAUUGAUGCGCCUUCUCCCAUUUUUGAUUAUUUAUAUCUAGGUUCUGAAUGGAAUGCAUGCAACUAUGAUGAGUUAGGGGAUAAUGGAAUUGGAUACAUCCUGAAUAUUACAAAAGAAAUUGACAACUUUUUCCCUUCAAUGUAUAAAUACUAUAAUGUACGAGAAUACGAUGUAGAAACCACUUACCUACUCAAGUAUUGGGAUGACACCUACAAGUUUAUCAAAAAUGUCAAGGUGGCUGGUUCCAAAGUAUUGGUACAUUGCAAGAUGGGUGUCAGUAGGUCAGCAUCCACGGUCAUAGCUUACAUCAUGAAAGAGUACAAAUGGCCGCUGAAAAAAGCCUUUGAAUUUGUGAAACAGAAACGAAAAUGCAUUAGACCAAACUCAGCAUUUAUGAAUCAGCUAGUCGAGUACCAAGGAAUUCUAGAUGCAAGUAAUCAAAGACAUAGCCAACUCUGGCGAAGCAAGUCUGAGAGUUCACUUAGUGCCUGUAGCUCGGAAGCUCAUGACACCUCUGAGAAUUUUUCUAGCACAGAGGAGCUUCUUCUUACUCCUGAAGCAGCUGGACCACAUCGUUCCAAGUCUUGGUGUCAUAGAGAGGACUUUCAUAUACCGGAUUCCAGCUUUGAAGGUCGUCCCACAGCACCAGCAGAAGAAGUUAUCAGCUUUCAGGUGCCAACAUCAAAGUCUGAAAGUAACAGCAGCUCUGAAACUGUGUCACUGGAUGAAAACUGUAAAAACAUCGGAGAGACAACAACUGCUACAGGAGUGAACAGAUUAAGUGUGGGUGAGGUUGUCAAACAAAUUGAACAGAAAGGAAGCGAGUCUUCAAUAACACAAGCAUCAAAACGACCAAAUUCAUUAGGAGAUAUGCUGAUUGUGUCCACCGAAGAAAACAGUCCAUCUCAACCCACACCAGAUGUGUUCAGUCCGGAGGAACUUGCCAUCAGCAAAGUACCUAAUUGUAGUGAUGAUGUUACCAAUGGUGGUAGUACAGGGGAUGUGCAAUUGAAUGCCACAAAGACGUACAAGUUAGAAAGCAUUCCAUGGAAUCCAGGAACUGUUCUGAAACAAAAGCAGGAUAUAGAAGAAAGAUUGAAAGAUGAAGCAACCAAAGAAACAAGUCCUCAACUUGUGCGAUCAGAAAGAUUGAAAGGAAGUCAUCCAGGGUGUGAGGAAGUCGAGGAUGAUAACAAAAAACCAGACGAUGUAUGUAGUUUGACAGGAGAGGUCAAACGCAUGAGUAGUGAGCUAGAGAAAAUGCGAGUUGAAGAUGGAACUAGUAAAGAGUCCAACCAUGCAAUAAUAACACAGUCUUGUAACCAAGAUAAACAAACAGAAUGUAAGGCAGUUGAUCUAGAAGCACCUGACACUAAAAAUGCUACAUUAAAUCCCCAAACUUGUAUCUCUGGUAGCACAGAAAGAGGAGAUUAUCCUCCCUCAGGUAAGGUACUGUCACCUACCAUUUGUGGACUUGAACCAGGAAUCGUUAAAAAGAAGACAGAAGUUUUUUCUUCAAUAAUUUGUGGUCGUGAGGAUUCAGCUGUUGAAAAUAGGGUGAAGGAUGAAACAGAAGAAGAUGCAGAAAUUGCACCAUCUAAAUGCCAAAUAUGCGUAACAGAGAGUGAUAGCCUAGAUAAGGAAUCUGAUGGCAUUGAGAGUAAAGACCAGAAAGAAAAGGAAGACACUUCAGAGCAACGUUUAAGCAAAGUCAUUGGUACUGGAGAGAUUGUACCAUUGCCAGAGGGAACCGUCAAAAGACAGACCAAAGACUUUGAGCAGUUACUCAGUGAUGCUGAUAAAACUUUAUUGGAUCAAGCUGGAAGCAAAGACACUACUAAAAAAGGAACAGCUGAGAGUAAGCUCACCGCUAUUGAAGUAAGUGAGAUCCGAGAUCUUGGCAAGAUAAUGCUCUGUCGAGAACCUUCAGAAGAGGAUGCUGGUGCUCUUGGUGAAAGCAACAGUG